AUGUCUCUGAUUCUCAACCUUCCCUCAAAAUUAUGCUUGCGAAAACCAGUGUUGGUAAGAUGCUCUCCUCUUCACUCUAAUGGUUCCUCAUCUGCUUCAUUGCCGCAAUCGCAAACCCUUCCUUCAACCAUCUGCUGCGCUGAUCCUUGUAGACCACAUCGCGAAAGAUUCAUUGUCAGGAGAUAUGAUGGUGACAUGAAUCCUCUGGAUUACGAGAUGCCUGGUGAUUUUAUGGAGGUAACGGAACUGAAAGGAUCAACCAAUGGAUGGAUAACGUCUUUGGUGGACGGUAGAGUGGGUCUCUACACACACAGGAAGAGUCGUGUUUGGUUACCUCCUCUUGAAACUCUGCCUCUAUGCCAAACCCAAAUGGCCACCAACGUGGUAAUGUCCUUAUCUGAUCCGGAGGAAGAGGACUGUGUUGUGGCUGUCAAGUUCUUGGGACCUCAACUCAGUAUUUGUAGACCGGCCCAAAGCAACACCGAGUGGAUCAACAUCAGAAUCUCAAACCCUUGUUUCUUCUACUCCCCUGUCAUGUACUCGGAGAAAGAUGACAUGUUUCGCAUUGUCGGAUCUGGAGGCCACCUCGUUGGAUCAUGGGAUCUCCACAAACACAAGCACACACCAAAGAUUCAGAGACUUCAAUUUCAAAACCUUCCGGAGCUGAGCAAGGCCAAACGGGAGCUUCUGAUCUCGAGCACCACAAGCGAACACUUGGUGGAGUCAAGAACCACCGGUGAAACUUUCAUGGUUAAGUGGUACAAAAGGACGGCCAAGACCAUGUACCGUAUAGAGAGAAUGGAAACAAAAGCUUUAAUGGUGUUCAAGAUUGACGAAGAAGGUAACGCUGUUUACACUCAAGAUAUUGGUGAUCUCUGCAUUUUCCUCACAAGGUCUGAAUCUUUUUGUGUCCCUGCUUGCUCUGUUCGCCACAUGCGUCCUAACCGCGUCAAAAUCUUGGAUGUCGAUGAGAUCACAAUUUUCGAUCUAGCUGCUCAAAAGUGGAACUGA